AUGAAUUUUCAAAAUAGUUCACCAACUCCAAAUGAACUAGGAAUAUCUAGUAGUAUUAAUGUAAUUGAUCUGAAGCGUAAAUUUGAAGCUGAUUUGUGCGAUAAUUUUGAAGAAAUUAGGAAAGACUUUGAUAAACUAAAGAAUAAUUUGAGAAGUCAGACAGAUAAAAAUUUUAACGAUCUUAAAGAUGAAUUGACAAGUCAAAAUGCGAAUAAUUUUAGCAAUCUUGAAGAAGAAUUAAAAAAACAAAAUGAAAGUAGCAUCGGUUUACUUAGAACCAAAUUUCUAGAAUUUAAAGAGCAAAAUCAAAAAAACAAUGACCAAAUACAAGACAAUUUUUCAACCUUAUUUAAAAAACUAAAGAUUGAAAAUAUAAAUGACGAUAGACCUACCUCAAAAGUUCGACAGUCUAAUAGAAUUAAAGAACAAAGACAACAAACUCGAAAAGAUCGAAAAAGACGCAGUGGACAUAGCAAUCCUUUUAAAUACUUCAAAUAUAAAAGAUUAUUAGUUAGUUUAUAUAUUUACUAUAUUGAUGACCUUGAUAAUUUAUUCUUUUUAAACACUCAUAUAGUUGACUUGCAAUUAAUUACUAAAUCUUUUCUAUCUACUAAAAAGAUUAAUUAUGAUAAGUUCAAAAAAUUUGCAGAAAAUACUAUCAGUUUUAAAAAUCUAUUAAAGGAAUUCGAUUAUUAUGAAUUUAUUUGCUCAUUUUUUGAUGGAUUGAAUUUAUUAAUCUUGAAUUUUUAUUUGGAAACAAAGAUCAAAGAAAAUGUAAGAUUAUAUUGGAUAUCUAAAUCAAUAAUACCCUUUAAAAGCUAUGAGAAAACCAUAUUAAAUGUGAAACGAGUUAAUAUUAAAGUCAAUUUUGUGGAUUAUGAAGCUAUGUCGAUGUUAAGUAAACUUGAACAAAUAGAAAAAUUAGAACUUGAAUUUCUUGAUUAUAAUUCACAUAAUUCACAAUUGGAAACAUUCGUUAUUUAUAUAAGGAAUUUAAUAAAAAAUUAUAGGAAUUUAAAGGUCUUAAUAUUUAAAAAUUGGAAAUGGAAUAGAUAUCUGUUGACAAAUUUUGGACUUUGGAGUAUUUUUAAUCCAAAUAUUGUAACUCUUAAGAAUUGCACUAUUGAAACUUGGGUUAUAGCAAAAGUUACAGAGAAAUUUUAUCACAAGUUGAAAUGGAAUUCUAGGAAAAAAAAUUACUCUACUUAA